AUCCUUUAGUACGCACAAAAGAUAUAUGGCGCCACUUGAAGUAAUUGGAGCUGGCGUAAGCCGAUCAGGCACUGAUAGCUUAAGAACAGCGCUCAAUAUGUUAGGUUACAAUACCCACCAUAUGCGGUCUAUGUUUGAAUGUGAUCGUAAGCCCGAAGUUUUUGAAGAAGCGUACUUGCAUCCUGAAAAACCUGUUGACUGGGACGAGCUUUACGAAGGAUUUAGUGCAGCAGUGGAUUGUCCUACGAUCUCUUUUCUCGACAGAUUAUUUGACUAUUAUCCAAAUGUCAAAGUAAUCCUAACCAAACGUGAUCCGGACAGCUGGUACAAGUCUGUGCUCAAUACCAUCUACAACUUCCACGACAAGCUUCCAGAAAACCCCAAAGACUAUGCUAUCCGCAAUCGAAAAAUGACAAAAACCAUUUUUCUUCAAGGCGCAUUCAUGGACUUGCAAAAAUUUAAGGAUGAACCCGAAGUAAUGAAGGCACGCUACGAGGCGCAUAACGCAUGGGUUUUGGAAAACGUCCCAGCAGACCGGUUGCUAGUGCUUGACUUGCGGGAUGGUAUUACGUGGGAGAAGAUUUGUCCGUUCCUUGGCAAGCCCAUACCCAAUGAACCUUAUCCUCACGUGAAUGACACCAAGACUAUGAAAGUAGAAUUUCCCAAGGUGAUCGCUUACCUGGCAGAAAAUAACACUGCUUCUCAUACUGCUGCUAAUCCUCAAUCCACUCUUGUAUAAUAGUAGUUAUCGUUUGCUUAUCAAUAAAAUACAUAUGUAAACAUGUUAUUCUCUAUAAAAUUUUGACUUACAUGUACAGCUGUUGGUUUUAUUAUUAUUCACGGUAGCGUUAAAUAACUUUUGUAGUACAUGAAGUAUGAUGGUUGCAAUUUGUAUGUAGAAUCUCU